UUCUUUCUUCCUUUUAGCCCUUUUGAGCGGUUCCUCUUUUGAUUUUGCGUCUCAAUUUUUUUCAAAAUUCAGCAAUCACAUUAAACUCUCGGGAAGUAUAUCCCUUGCUCUCUCUCUCUUAAACCCUUUUCUUCUCUUAUCUGUAAUUUUCAUUUCACUUCAUUUCUGCUGGGUGUCCCUAGUUUUGCGAAAUUCCUCGCUAAUUUUCAUCCGGGGUUCAAUUUUUCUUCAUAAUCAUCACUAUUUUGGAUUUAAAGUUUUGGGUUUGAAGUGGAUUAGAUAGAUAUAGCAAUGAAAGGUGAGAGAGUGGCGAAGAGAUCGUCUUUGGGAAGCAUUAUGAGGAAGAAACUUUCCGACAUUACGAACUUGCAGUCGCAUCCCAAACUCCGGAGCCAAGAAGAUGUGCAGGCGGAGGGGAUUUCUGCGCCGGAUAAGAGCUUCAUUGACCAGCUGCUUAAGGAAAGAAUCACUUUUCUCAAGCUUAUCGCGGAGAGGAAUAAAGUAAUCGAAGUAAGUGGAGCUGAGUUGCAGAAACUGCGAGUCAAUUGUCAGAAAUUGCAGCUGCAGAAUUGGAACCUUGCUCAAUCAAACAGCCAUAUGUUAACGGAACUUAAUUUAGGAAGAGAGAAGCUAAAAGCACUUCAGCAUGAGCUUGUGUGCAAGGAUGCCUUACUUAAAGCAAGGAAUAUGGAACUCGAGGGAAAAAUGGAUCUGAACUGUAAAAAGACUGUCUCUAAGGUAGGAAAAGAGGGAGCAGAGCAGUUAUUGCUUGAAGCUAAUGAUGAUGACAAAACUCGUAAUCUCAACAGAAGGCGCACCACAAGAAGUCGAUCUAUGGGCCCUUCUACUACAUACCAAAAAGUUGUAGAAAAAGAGAAGGUUGACAAUAAAAGGCGUUGUUUGAGGAGGCAAUCCGCUAGGUUUAAAUCCCAUGAGAGGGAGCCGGCCGAGAUGUUAUUCGAGAUUGAAGAUGCAAAAUAUUCAGUCAGUCAGUUGCUUGACAAUCCUAUACAUGAAGAUGGCGUUCCACUGAAUUCAUCUAUCAGAAAGGAAGAGGAAGGGGAAAUGUGUAUGCAAAGAAAUGAAGGACAAGUAUCACAAAGGUCUUCAAUUGGAAGACCAUUGCGGAAAGCUGCUGAGAAAGUUCAAUCCUACAAGGAAGCUCCUAUCAAAAUUAAAAUGCGCAGGGCAGGGUGAUCCAAUUCUGUUCUAUUCUAGUCCCCCUCCAUGCCAGUGAGUUGAGCAAGAGUUUUUAGGAACUGGCAUCAUCAUCAUCAUCAUAUAUUUCCACAUCUUUCUUUGUCCAUGUAAGUUGUUGUAUGGUUGUUUUUGCAAGUGUUAUUUCACAUUGUUGUGCUUAUCUGUUUGUUAUUUUUCUUGUAAAAUUUGUAUAUCCAAACGAGAAAGU